UAUGGCUGCACUGCGGAGGCUCCUGUGGCCGCCGCCUCGGCUCCCGCCUGCAUCCUCCCCUCAUCACCCCUUCCCCGGGCCGUGGGGGCGGCCCGUGGGGACAGCCGCGGGCCCUCCCGGCCGGCCCGUCCCCUGCCGGGAGGAGGAGGACGAGGCCGUGGCUGAGGCGGCGUGGAGGCGGCGGCGGCGUUGGGGGGAGCUGAGCUUCGCGGCGGCGGCCGGCGGGGGGCUGGUCGGCCUCGUGUGCUACCAGCUGUAUGGGGACCCCAGGCCCGACUCGGCGCGGGCGCCGGACCGCGGGCCCCCCUCCGACGGCGCUGAGUUCGAGCUGGAGGAACCGCCCCGCGGCCGGGGGCUGCUGCCCAUCCCGGUCGCCGCUGCCAAGGAGACGGUUGCUAUUGGCAGAACAGACCUUGAAGACUUAGACCUCUAUGCUACGUCUCGGGAAAGGCGGUUUCGUUUGUUUGCCUCCAUAGAAUGUGAAGGGCAGUUAUUCAUGACUCCGUAUGAUUUUAUUUUGGCCGUUACAACAGAUGAGCCCAAACUUGCUAAAACAUGGAAGUCACUUUCCAAACCGGAAUUAAAUCAAAUGCUCUCUGAAACACCACCAGUUUGGAAAGGAUCAUCAAAGCUAUUUCGAAACCUUAAAGAAAGAGGUGUGAUUUCUUACACAGAAUAUCUUUUCCUCUUGUGUAUUUUAACAAAGCCUCAUGCAGGGUUUAGAAUAGCUUUCAACAUGUUUGACACUGAUGGCAAUGAGAUGGUGGACAAAAAGGAGUUUUUGGUGCUUCAAGAGAUAUUCAGAAAAAAAAAUGAAAAGAGGGAAACUAAAGGAGAUGAAGAAAAGCGUGCAAUGCUGCGUCUUCAACUGUAUGGAUACCAUUCACCUACUAAUAGUGUACUUAAACCAGAUGCUGAGGAACUUGUCUCCAGAAGCUACUGGGAUACACUGAGACGUAAUACAAGCCAAGCACUCUUUUCAGACCUCGCAGAGCGUGCUGAUGACAUUAUGAGUUUGGUAACAGAUACCACACUUCUUGUACACUUUUUUGGAAAGAAAGGAAAAGCUGAGCUCAACUUUGAAGAUUUUUAUAGAUUCAUGGAUAACCUCCAAACAGAAGUUUUAGAAAUAGAAUUCCUUUCCUACUCUAAUGGAAUGAAUACCAUAAGUGAAGAAGAUUUUGCUCAUAUUCUUUUACGAUAUACAAAUGUGGAAAAUACAUCUGUAUUUUUGGAAAAUGUGCGUUACAGUAUAGCUGAAGAAAAGGGCAUCACAUUUGAUGAAUUCAGGUCAUUUUUCCAGUUUUUGAACAACCUAGAAGAUUUUGCAAUAGCCUUGAAUAUGUAUAACUUUGCAAGUCGUUCUAUAGGUCAAGAUGAAUUUAAGCGUGCCGUCUAUGUGGCUACUGGUCUCAAACUUUCACCACAUUUAGUGAAUACAGUCUUCAAGAUUUUUGAUGUUGACAAAGAUGAUCAAUUAAGUUAUAAAGAAUUUAUUGGAAUUAUGAAAGACAGACUCCAUAGAGGAUUCCGGGGUUAUAAAACAGUUCAGAAGUAUCCCACUUUCAAAUCCUGUCUGAAGAAGGAACUGCAUAGCAGAUAAGUACUUUGUAGAGCAAAGUUUAAAGAAUUUAUCUACAUAACAAAUGCAAGAAGCAGUAAUUUCAGAGAACAGAAAGUCAGAACUUGCAGAAAUGAAGGAAAAGGUGAAAUGCUAAUUAUAUAUUUUUUCUUGAACUGAAUUCUUGAAUGUAAGACAGAUAAAAUUCAUCUUACUAACUACAAAUGCUGUAUGUUAUCAGGUUAAGCUUUUGCCUUGAUUUACUGAACUUUGCACUUUUUCAUUCCUUUCAGAAGUACAUAGAUACUUCCACUGACUAUAUAAGAAUGUAUUUUAAAUAUUUUAAAAUUUAUUACAAAUUUGCCUAACUUCAAAAUAAUGUAUGACUCCUGGAAUCUAGAUCACUUAAAAAUGAACAAUGACAUAUUUUCUUUGAUUUUAGACUGUGAACUUAUUUUAAGAAAAUGAAUAUUCCUUAAGAUUUAGCUUAGGGCCUUAGAAUUGUUGAUAAAUCCCUAUUAUUUAUCUGAUGUUCAGUUACAUUAAAGUGUUCUGAAAAACAAAUAGAAAUUAAAAUACUAUACAAUAUGAUGAUUUACACGGUACUUUUAUCUGUUAAAACUAAAUUAACAAGGAAUUGUUUGAGUCAUAUAAAGUUUUUUUGAAAUUCUUGUUCAUUUAUCAAAGUCAACAGAAUGUCUAGUAUUCUUUUAUGUAUACAGUAAAGAAAUUUAAAAUGUAGGGUUUUUUCCCUCAAAAAAAAGUCCUAUAUUGGUGGUAGAAUAGUGGUAGUUGUAGCAUUUGUCACUGUCAUUGCCAUUAUUGUUUUAACAUGAUGCUGCUCCUGAUUACAGAUGGUGUAUGUUAAUAGCACUAGUAAAAAUCAUAUCGUUUUUUUUCUUUUUUUAUUAUCUUAAGUUUUACAUAUGUCUCCCUUUUCCCCAAUUGACCCCCCACCCCAACCAUUUCCACCCCGGGCAAGCCUCACCGCCCCAGUGUCUGUGUCCAUUGGUUAUGCCAAUAUGCACGCAUACAAGUCCUUUGGUUGCUCUCUAACCCCCCCACCUCCCCUGCCAUUUGUCUCUGGAUCUAUUUUUGUUCAUCUAAAAAUCAUAUCUUAUAAUUUGUAACUUAUUGCACAUUGUUAAUAAAUGUCUAUAGCAUCCAAAUGAGUACUGUAAAAGACUAAUAUAAAAUGGU